GGAAAUAUAUGUUCCAUAAGAUAAAAAAAAAGUUAUUGGGACGGAGGAGCAUCAAGUUUUCAGUCUAGAAGCUAAACAAGGAUGGAGAAUGAUUGAAUGUAAGAAUCGCCAUCUUCUAGCUGAUCCUGAAAAGAAAGGAAUAUGUAUGAAUGGGGUUAUGUAUUAUAUAGCUAAGAUCAGUGAUGAACUAUCUAAAUCUCUAAUAAGCUUCAAUCUGAGAUCUGAAGACUUCAAUGUUAUUAAGUUCCCUAAGGAUGUCAAAUAUCUAUGGUCUUGUUAUCUGGUGAACUACAAUGGAAAGAUAGCUUUAACGAAUGACUCUUGUAACGACGGUACACUUGACUUGUGGGUUAUGAAGGAUGCCAGUAAACAAGAAUGGUCAAAAGCAUCUCUGUUGGUUCCUUGUUGGACAAAUUUAGUUGGGGAUCAAAGAUUCAGGUUCAAGGGUACAUUUAGUACCGGGGAGCUUAUAUUUGCACCGUGCACUUUCCCUAACCCGUACUUUGAAUAUUACGAUCUCAAGGGAAAAAAUGCCAGAAAACUUGUGAUUGAAGGAAUUGGAGAUGACUUGGUUAGUUUCAAAGUCUUUAUGGAUCAUGUAGAGAGUCCUAUGUUUCUACCAAAGGUGUGUUUAUCGGAUAAUGAUUAGUUUUUUUUUUUCAAGACUCAUGUAAGAUCUUGGAUAGUAGUUGUCUAAGAUUAUUCCUUAUUUUGUUUAAUGGCAUUUUAUGCUCAUUACUUGAUUUAAAGUAAGUUCCUUGGCUGAUGUUUUGUGUGUAGCUUCAGUUUUCUUAUUUGAUUUAUAUUUUGGAAAGAACAUAAAAACUG